AAACGAUGAAACGAGAACCCUCCAUAGUCUGAGCCUCAUUAAACCGUCUGGUUCUCCCAACCUGGACCCCUACCACGGCCUCCGCCUCUAUUCCGCAUUGACGCACACUCUCACAUUAACAGGCCAGGUUCCAUAGGCAGUUCUUACCAAGAAGAUGUCGAUUCCAUUCUCCAACACCCACUACCGAAUUCCACAAGGAUUUGGGAAUCUUCUUGAAGGGCUGACACGCGAGAUUCUGAGAGAGCAACCGGACAAUAUACCAGCUUUUGCAGCAGCCUAUUUUGAGAGCCUUCUAGAGAAAAGAGAGAAAACCAACUUUGAUCCAGCAGAAUGGGGGAGUAAGGUAGAAGACCGCUUCUAUAACAAUCAUGCAUUCGAGGAGCAAGAACCACCUGCGAAAAGUGAUACUAAACAAGAAAAGUCUCAGAUAUCUGGGAAGGAGGAAGAGACAUCAGUCACCAUCUUAGACUCUUCUGAGGAAGAUAAGGAAAAAGAAGAGGUUGCUGCUGUCAAAAUCCAAGCUGCCUUCCGGGGACACAUAGCCAGAGAGGAGGCAAAGAAAAUGAAAACAAAUAGUCUUCAAAAUGAGGAAAAAGAGGAAAACAAGCUUACAGAGGAAAAGAAAUCAGUUCUCCUCCAGGAUUCCAGCUGUUCGUCCCUCCCAUUCCACUGAAAGCACCGGCUUCUAACACCUUCCCCUCUCAGACAGAGCCAUCCUGCUUAGAGGAUUGUCAAGGGGGGACCCAGAAUUUGUGCAAAGACUUAGAUUCCCUGACCUGGAGAGGAGAUCAGAAGAGGAAAAAAGGGAUUUUUUCCCUAGUGAAUAUAUGGCAGGAAAAAAAAAAGAGAUGAGUUAGCUUUUUCAGUAAUUCUCUUGUUAUACACAUAAAGUGACUAACACUAUGCAUUACACACACACACACACACACACACAGAUCUAGUGGUGGUGAUAUUUGUAGUGAAGGAGGAAAAGGAAAAGGUGAGCAAUGGAUGUGAUAUUACAAGAACAAGACAUAUGAAUGACACUUUAUUAGAACUUAUCUGGUUUUCCUCUUAUCUCUCUGGCUGUUCCUUCUCAAUUCCCUUUACUGGUAACUCUUCAACUCCCCAACCACUAAAUGCUAAGUGCCCUUAGGCUCAGUCUUUCUACCCCAUUUCUACACUCACUUGAUUUCCUGCAGUUUCAUAGCUUUAAAAUCCAAUCUUCUUAAUGAUCACUCCCAGACCUUUCUCUCCUCUGCCUGCGAACUUCUAUAUUCAACUGCCUACAUAACAUCCCCAUUUGGAUGUCUAUAGGCAUCUCAAAAGUAACAUAUAAAAAAUGACUCCUGAUAUUGCCCCCAAAUCUGAAACUUCCCCCACACCCAAGUUUUUCCAUUCAAAAAUGGCUGCUCCAUUCUUCCAUUUGCUCAGGCCAAAAACCUUGGAUUCAUCUUUAAUGCAUCACUUUUUUUCACACCCCAUAUACAAUCUAUCAGCAAAACCUGUGGGCUGUACCUAUAAAAUAAUACUCAGAAUCUGCCUACUUCUCACCACUUCCAUUGUUACCACCUUGGUCCUAGUUCCCAUGAUAGCUUUGUGAAUUAUUGCAAUAACCUAUAUUGGCCAGUGAUUAUCUCACUACUACUGCACAAACCAUUCCAAAGUCAGUGGUUUAAGACAAUUAUC